AGACCUUGUUCGUUUAAUCCCAUCCCCGCCGGGAUCAGGUCAAAACCCCGCCGAACCGCGUGGUUUUAGUCCCGGCCGGGGUUGGAUCCUGACCUACCUCGUAUGCACGUUCGGUUGGACCCGGCCGUGUUCAUACCCCGUCCAAAUCCACUCCGAACCGCCGGGUUUCCGCCGGGAUUUAACCCACGCCUCGUCAUGCAUGGAACGAAAUCGCUCAGCCGAGCCCAUCGAAACAGAAAAAGAGGAGAAGGCGAGAGCGGCGUAGGCGGCGGCGGGCCUGGACGGCGGAGCAGGGGCCGGAGCUUAGCGGACACUGCAGCCUACUCCGGUCUUCCUCCCCAACAUCAGGCCGUGACUGAAAACACAUUGGCAGAAAAAAAAAAGCGGAAGAAUGAAUCACGAAGACGGCAAUGAUCCUUGGUUUUCUCAAAGGCCGGAAACAUCCCCCUGGGAUGCAGCAGAGUACAACCAACUCAUUUCUGCAGGGCUUUUGCUGCCACUACUGGAGCAGUACGCAGGCAUCGGUUCUUAUGACCAAACCACAGUCAGGGGGGCACCAUUGCAAGUUCAGUCACAGGGCGCUAACGCUGACAAAUGUACGUGCAACCAACUUCAAGUAGCUAAUGUGGCAAAUCAAGGACCUUCAUGCAGCACGUGGCAUCAGGCGGCAACCAUGUACCUACCAUCAACGUCGUACACAGGUGAGUACAUGAAGUGAAGUCGUGGACAGUGAAUUAGGAGAAAGGAACAUAGCUGACAGCUGCAGUUGCCAUGCCUGUAUAGCUGCAGUUGGCAUGCCUGGACAGCUAGAGUUGCCAUGUGUCAUAAAAUGUGAUUACAAAUGUCUAAAACAAAUAUGGAUGACACGUGUGAACAAACAUGUGUGCCAUGGAUGCACCGCUACAUGUGCCAUGUUGAACAAACUACAUUUGCCAUGCAACGACCAUCUGCUACCAUGAUCAUAGGUAGUUACGGUGGAACCACAUCGGCAAACGUCUCAUGGCAAGCUUCAUAGUUGCAGGACAUCGCUAUUGCAGAUAGAGCACAUCAAAUUGGAAUGACAGACCAUAUAAGAUCGGCACAUGCGGAACAACAAGGUAAAAAAAUGUCAACCAAAAAACAGUACUGCAUUUGCUUUUAGGAAUAGCAUGUGAGGAAAAUUAGAUUUGUAACGGUGGUGGUGGAAAAAACAAACAAAAAAUGCUACCAAGUGGUCGUGUGCAAAGAGUCAUCUAUUGUCUUCGGGAUUUGGCAGUUGCUAUAAGAGUGUGUGCGACAUUCAUGAUUGAUCGCAUUUGCCUAGUGAGCUCAAGCCUAGAAUACAAGUUUCGAUGCUGGAAUAUACUGGUUGCCAUGUAGUGGCAGCAGUAGUUGCCAUGUAUGUUGGACUGUAGCUGCCAUGGCUAUAUAAUCCAAGUUUUGAUGCUAAAAGAAGCUGGUUGCCAUGCGUUGGCAACAGUAGUUGCCAUGUUUGUUGGACUGUAGCUGCCAUGACUGGAGAACUACAGUUGCCAUGCAUGGCCAUAUGCAGAUUCACGGCUUAAUGUGUGAAUGAUGUCAUGCCAAAUCACAUUGCAGUUGUUGUACUCCGUUACGAUAGACAUGCCACUCAAGCAAAAUCUUACGCUCGUACCUGUUUUUUUAUUGCAAGACCUUCAACAACAAUCAACAGCGGCAUUGAGACAUCUACUGCGGGGAGCUCUGAGCGCACGGAGGACGCGUUCCACCAGCCAGCCAACAACCAUGACACAAACAAUGCCGAGUCAGUGUCGGAAAUGGCAAUCGUUCCAGCAAUGCCCACAAGCACACCUUUGCACACCAGCACAAGCAACACUCAACCACAUGAAACAGCCGCCGAUACUGAAGUGAAUGAUGAAACUGAUGACGAAGCACAAGAGGAUGAAGAUGGUGGGCAAUCAGAAAUCAUGGUACCUAAGCCACCGUAUGUUGGGCAGAGAUUUGAUUUGUUUGAAGAUGCAAAGGAAUUCUACCAGACAUAUGCAAAGUUCCAUGGGUUUGCGGUCAACACCGAAUACCAUAGGAAAAUUAAAAAAACUAACGAGUACAACAGAGGUGAGAUGAGGUACUACAAGGCACGAAGGAACAAGAAGGGGAAAGGUGUUGCGCCUAUCGUUCCGGAACGAAAGAGAGGUAUCAUUGUCAAGACGGAAUGCCCUGUCCGGUGUAAGCUGAAUAUAGAUGGAGCACGAUGGGUGGUCACUGAAUAUUUUGACGAGCACAACCACGAACUCAUAAAGAAGUUUGACCUGGUAAAAUUUCUGACCGCCCAUAGAGGAUUCACCCCCCUCGAGAAGAAAUUCAUAAAGCUGCUACAUGAUUGUAAUGUCGGUCCAUCAAGAAUGGUCCAGAUACUAUCCCUCAUCCACAGCAAAAAUGGGACUCUGAGUAGCAUGCCCUACAUACCGGCAGACGUCACAAACCUAAAGGCAAAGUACCGUAGAGAGAGCAGGUUGGCUGACAUAGAAGCCACAAUAGCCUACUUCGAUGAGAAAGCGAAGGAAGAUCCAGAUUUCUUCUACAGGAUAAGAUUGGACGAUGAGGACCGUGUCAGGAACAUGUAUUGAUGGAUGGUGCUGCAAGAAGAGCCUACAAACAUUUCCGAGAUUGCAUUUCGUUCGACGCGACAUAUCUCACUAAUAUAUACAAGAUGCCAUGCGCUCCGUUCAUAGGAAUAAAUAACCACAAUCAGUCAUUGCAGUUCGGAUGCGGGCUCGUUCGGAACAAAGACACGGAUGGGUACACUUGGCUAUUCAAGACCUUCUUGGAGUGCAUGGGUGGACUUGCUCCGAUGAACAUAAUAACAAACCAGGAUUUUAGCAUGCGUGCAGGCAUAGAGGAGGCUUUUCCAUUGGCAGUGCAUAGGCACUACAGGUGGCACAUUAUAAAGAAGGCUGAGGAGACGCUAGGACCGUUCUUUGCUGACCGUCUAGAGCUGCACAAGGCAUUCGAGCUGUGCGUGGACCACAACUUGACGGUGGAGGAGUUUGAAAGGAGCUGGAUGGCUAUGAUUGGAACAUAUCAAGUGCAAGACAACGAGACGCUUGCUAGCCUGUGGGAGAAGCGAAUGUACUGGGUGCCGACCUACUUCAUGCUAUGCUUCUUUCAUGUUUCUGCAGAGUACGCAGCGCAGCGAGGGGUUCAAUGCUGUUUUGAAGCGGUACGUGAGCCCUGGCAACUCAUUGCUGUAGUUUGCCAAGCAAUACUCUGCUUUGCAACAAAAAAUACUGGGAUCUGAGCUACAACAAGAAGCAAACACCGCGCUCAAGCAGCCAAAAUUGCUAACGUAUUUACCGAUGGAGAGGCAGAUGAGCAAGAUAUACACCAACAAGAUUUUUAACAAGUAAGUCAGUUGUGUUACAAUCUAAUUUGCACAAGCAUGAAGGUAGUAGGUGCCAUGUAUAAUGCAUUGCAGUUGAAAAGCUUAUUUGAAAAUGAUGAUUUUUUGAAAGUAGCCAUCGAGUACAGA